CUUCAGUGUUGAGCAAUGAGUCUCGGGUUGAUCUUCCCAUCAGGUUCUUCAGGUAUUUGGUUUAGCGCUGCUGGGACACACAAAAGUAGAAUCCUCCGUUGCUUAUCCAUUAGGCGGUUGCAACUCAAGAACGUAACAAUGGAGAAGAAAGCUUUGGCUUUGAAGGAAAUGAUAAGGAGACAUGUUCCCAAGCGAGAGAAUUUGGAUUCUUGGAAGUGGAUGAAACAGGAACCAGUCAAGGCGUUUGUUGAUACAGUUUUGAACAAGAACACAGAAGACAAGAUGGAAAACAGCUUUGACAACAAAGAGAUGCUACUGCAAACAGAGAAGUUGUUUAUUGAAGCAGCUAAGAGCAAUGAUGUGGCUGCAAUGAGGACACUCGGAAAGGGGUUGAAUGCCAAUGCAAAGAAUGCGCACAAUAGAACAGCUCUUCACUAUGCAGUGGCUGGGAAAAACAAGGAAGCGGUUGAGCUGCUUCUACGACGCAGGGUGCAAGUGGAUCAGCGAGACAAGUUUGGUGUGGCACCCAUUCAUUUAGCGGCCUGGUUUGGCAGCUUGGACAUCCUGAAAUCAUUAGUAUGGGCUGGAGCAGAACAGAAUGUGGAAAAUGAGGAAGGACUGAACAUCCUGCACUGUGCUGCUAUCAACAAUCAUAUUGACAUCGUGGAAUACAUUAUCAACGACCUCCAAAUGAAAGAACUGGACAAAGAUGAUCAUUCAGGCCACCGUGCAUUUGCUAUGGCGGCAGAGCAUGGCUGCAUGCAAAUGUUGGAGAUGCUGAUGGAGCCGUAUUACAACAUGGCCACCAUGAAGCCCAACAAGGGAGGAGACACGCCCCUGCACUUAGCUGCCAGGAACGGCCACUUGGACGCUGUCCAUCUGCUGCUGCUCAGCUUCGAUGUUCGGGAUGAAGUUAAUAUGGACAAUGAGACUGCUUUGUACCAGGCUGCCGCUAACGCUCAGGAACAAUGUGUCCUGGCUUUGCUGGAAGCCGGCUGCAACCCCAACAUCCAAACAAAAAGAAAAUGCAGCGCCCUUCACCCAGUUUCAGAGCAAGGAGACGCAUCCCUUGUCCGACUUCUCCUACAAUAUAAAGCCCACACAGAUUUUCAGAAUGAGGACUUGGAAGUUCCUCUCCACCUGGCAGUUAAGAACAGCCACAUCCCCGUCAUCCAUUAUCUAUUGGAGGCAGGAUGCAACUUAAAUAUCACCAAUAAGAGGUUUCAGUCUGCUAUGCAUCUUGCUGCUGAGCUGACGAGAAUCGAUGUGGUGGAAAUGCUACUGAAAACUGAAGUUGAUUUGACGCUCCAAGACCGGCAGGGAAAGACGGCGCUGGGUGUGGCCGCCAGAGCGGAUGAGGUGAUCAUCGUGGACAUGAUCAUCAAGGCAGAACGAUACAACGCAUUGAAGAAAGCCAACCCAGGUUAUGAGAAUGUUCACAGCGAGUAUCCGCUAACAUUCAAACUGGACCACCGCAAUGAGACCAAGCAGAUCCGCUCGAUUACCUGGCGCCUGGCCUACGAGCUUCUGAAGGCAGGAAACUGGAAGCGUCUGGCUGAACACUGGGGUUUCACUCUGGAGCAAGUGUCAGCCAUCGAAAGCCAGUGGACGGGUCAGCAUAGCUAUAAAGAACACGGCAACAGGAUGUUUCUGAUCUGGCUCCACGGAGCUGAGCUGGCGGGGGAAAGUCUUCUCAUAGAACUCUAUCAGGCCCUUGUCCACACAGGACAUAGCAGAGUUGCAGAAAAGAUACGGACGCAAUCACAGCGUGUCAGCAGUAAGAGCUGCAGAGUUUCAUGAUUGAGUGUGACAUGCGACAUUUUUUAAUUUUUUUAAUAUAACACUUACAUAGAAAGGAGACUCUAAAAAUAAUUUAUUAUGCAUUUAAGAAAAAGCACCUGAGGUUUGACAUUCUAAAAUGCACUAAAAAUACAAUAUGUCUAUUAUACAUGCACAUUUUCCUGAAUAUUAACGUUAAAUUAAA